AUGAUGGCGUCCAACAUGCCUCUCCCUAUUCCCCCACGUACUCCUACUCCGCCGGCGGACGAUACACCCUACCAGGCUUCUACAAACCCAAGAGUGACUGUUGAUCGCGACGCCUUGUCACCUCUGCGCGAUACUUUCCCCCACAGCUUCUCGCUAGAGGCAGAAAGUCGAGAUCAUCUUGGUCCUACAAGUUCAUCGUUCAAUUUAAGCCCCGGGCCUACAGACUCGACAUUUGGGCAGAAUGGCUCGACAAACUCUACCGCAGCGGGCCCCUUCAAUUUCGAUACCACAGUGAUGGCAAAGAGUCCAGUGGUGAAAUCUAAUAUCGGACAACGUCGUGGUCACAAGUACAAGCACAGUAGUAUUUCACACCAAAUCUUCCUGGAACCUCCCCCUCGCGCGCCCCUGGCUCUUCCGAAUUCCCUCCCCAUUCCAACACUCAGCGAAUGCCGUGCGAGUAUGUCCAAGGAGCAGAAAACGCGAUUUUGGUGGAGUGUCUGCCACAUGUUUGUGGCUGCAUAUACAUUGUGGACCGCGCAUGGAUCGCUGGCGAUGACUGCGUUGUCUCAUUUGAUUUUGUUUGACUCGCUGGGAGCUCUUCUGUGUGUUGCCGUUGAUGUUCUGAGCAAUUUUGAAGUCUGGAAGAGGUCCAGUAUCCGCCAUCCCUUUGGUUUGGAGCGAGCGGAGGUUCUCGCUGGCUUUGCCAUGUGCGUGUUACUUCUUUUUAUGGGCCUGGAUUUGAUUUCCCACAAUCUGCAGCAUUUCUUGGAGAAAUCGGGCCACGAGCCUCACCACCCACACCCCCAUGAACGUGUGCCCCUGGGAACUGUUGAUGUGACUGCCGUUCUGGCUAUCUCUUCAACUCUUGUCUCUGCCAUCGGCCUGAAGAAUCAUGCACGAAUUGGAAAAGCCAUGCGUUUUGCGUAUAUCGAUUCUCUUCCUUCCGUCUUGAGCAACCCGACUCACUUUUUGACACUCUCGUGCUCUACCCUCCUACUUGUGCUGCCAUUGGUGUCAAUCCAGAUUUACAACUGGCUUGAUAAACUCCUGUCGGGCACUAUUGCUCUCUCAAUGUGCUUUCUCGGGGUUCGAUUGGUGAAGACGUUGGGUUCAAUGCUUCUGAUGUCGUACUCGGGCCCAGGUGUAUCCGAAGUACUCAAAGAUAUUGAAGCUGAGCCUUCGGUAUUUGGCAUUGACGAUGCUCGUUUCUGGCAGGUCCAUUACGGCUUAUGCAUGGCCAACGUCAAACUUCGUGUUUCAGGCACGGAGGACAAUACUUCUCGCCUUCGGGAGAAGAUAUCCAGCCUGAUUCGAAACCGACUUGGUGGGGGUUAUGGUACUGGAGGACAGAAGUGGGAGGUAUCCCUUCAGUUCACUAUUGAGAAGUCUUGA